AUGUCAAUUAAAUCUAAUAUUCGUAAAUUGCCAAUACUUUCUUCAUCAUCACAUAUUCCAAUAUCUUAUCAACGAUAUCAAAAUCGUGCUGCAGCUGUAUAUGAUAUGAGUAUAAAUUGUCAUGAUAUUGAAACAAUAUGUCAUAUACAUCGUUUAUCAAAAAUAAUUAUAUUACAAGAUUGGAAAGGAAAUUUUGAUUAUUUACAAAAUAAAUUAAAUUUAAAUAAUCAUAAUGAUAUUAAACAAAGAUUUUUAAAUAUUAUGAAAGAUAUUGAACAUAAUAAAAUUCAACCAACACUUGCGGCUAUUGCUCAUCAUAUACCAUUUGUUUAUAUUGAACAAGCAAUAGCAGAUCAAAAUAUUACAAAUGCAUUAAAUCGUUUUCUUGAUGAUUUUAAUCCAAAAAAAAUUUUGAAAAUAGAAUUAAAAAAAAAUAAUAUUAUACAAAAACAAUUAAAUAAUGGUCAACCUAUUUUAACAUUAUUUGAACAAUAUUUACUUCUUGAAUAUCUUAUUAAAUCAAUAUCAAUAAAAAAAUUUCGAAAAAUAAUUGAUAUUGAAAAAUAUCUUCUUGAAUAUAUUCAAUUGAUUAUGAAAACAAAUUAUUCAUCAUUAAAUAAUAUUUCUUAUUUAAAUAAAACAUGGCUUAAAACAUUUCUUCUAUGGGCAUAUCCUCAAAUAGAUUCAAAUAAUCUAUCUUGGUUAGAUAUAAGUCAAUUAUAA